AUGUUGGAUAUUUACCUGCCACGGCCACUCUCCGUAUUCGGCCCUGUUGCCGCCGACGAUCCGACUGGACGGGAAAUACUGUCGACCGCAAACUGCAACGGAACACGAGAAAAGCAAGAAAAUAAAGAUGAAGUAUGGAUAUCAACAGGUCCGCAUAGCCAUCAACCGCUGCUUCAGAUCCUCAUCAUUCGCCCUCGCAGCCAGUUUCUACCACGGAUUUUUUUGUCGCUCAUUAUGCCAGUGAUCAUCCCUGGUUCACUCCGAGGGACAUUACCCUCUUUGAAAAACGUGUCCCCGGCUCCGGGCAAUUUUCUCGCAGCUGGCUGCCUAUCGCUUCUCCUGGUGUCCACCAAGCAAUUGAUUAGCACGCAAAUUAUCGUGCAAAUCGCUAGUCGGGACACCCACGACGGACUGACAAUCACUACAACGCACGGUGAUGAUGAUGAUGAGGAUGACGGCAAAUUUUUAACGACCACGCGACCUGAUGCGCAUUUUGCGCAAACGUCUUCGUUUCGAGACAUAAUUCCAUUAGCACUUGACUUCUCAGAUUUCCUAGAGUGUGGUCUUGAACUCCUUGUCUGCCUCUUGUGUUUCGUUCUUUGGUUGAUGGGGCUGAAUCAGGAUUACGACUUGGGCCUCAGCCGCGGAUCGUCGUCGAGCAAGCCACGAUCACCUACGGACUACCUCUACCGCAGCAGUGGAGCCCGAUCAUCCAGCAGUCACAACUACAUGCCGCCGCCAUCGUCAUCCUCGUCCUCCUUGAACGGCCUCAAGCCUCGCGGCGUGGCGUUGCCGCCGCCGCCGCCAUGGACGGCCCCGCGGUCAGCCGACAUGCCAGGUACGGCCAAAGCGGCGACUUUGCCCGGCGUACUCUUAGUGUCGCCGUUUGUGCUGCCACUGUCUGCUGGCGGGGAGGGCAAGAUGCCUGGGCCGCCGGCGGCGCCGAGUCUGAACGCUGGCGCAACGGCGAGUGGUGGUGUUAGUAGUGGUGGUGGUGGUGCCACGAGGCUGCUACCAGCAGCGCGACUCUUGGUACCGCGCGUGCCGUUUACUGUUGUGCCAAUUAUGUUCCGGGGCCCGGAGUUAAGUAGACGUCAUACUACGUCAAGUAGGCUGUGGGUGCGACACGGGAAGCAGAACAUAAUUCGAGUGCAGCCACCGUCGUCGACAUCUUCCCCCUCAUCGGAUCAUCAUCAUCCACGCGUUUUUUACCGUUCGAAGGCCAAAUAGCCGAGGUGACUUGCAGUUGCCGUGUCGAUUGCUAUCCUGGUUUUUAUCGAAAAUAGUUAUAAGGACGAUCAUUUUUCGAAAUCAUGCGUUCACUCAAACAAUUUAUUGAAUGAUCUUUCGUGUCCAGUCUUCUUUUCAUUUUUUCAUUGAUGCGUAAACGAGGUGUGCGUCGGCCCCAAGCUAAAAGCAAACGAUGAUUCAUGAAUUUGAUUUUUAAACCUGAAGAACAGAAGAGAGUACUUACUGCUUCUUUCAAAUUCUGGAAAAUGUUUAGCUACUCAAUUUUUUUUUAGAAGAAAUGUUUCAUUAUUUGUGUGGUGAGUCUAAUGAUUGGGUUGAUUACGUUGCAUUAGCUUUGAAAUCGCGAUUACUUCGCUAAUACAGUACUUGUGGUUGACAUUUGGAUCGUAGUCGAACGGAAGAAACGUGUAUAGCAUGCGUUCAGCCGUACCUCGUGAACGCACGAAUUGAUAUUCCGCUCUCCCCAACUGAGGACAAGGUUAUGUGCGAAGAGAUUUUACAUUUUUCAAUGAAGCUGUGCAUCCCUGUAAUAUUUUACUGCGAGGACACAGCGUGUGGGAAAUUUAAAGAGAGUUCUAGUCGUGCAGCUGCGUGAAGGAAAGCAUUGGAUCUUGCCGUAACUGUAUGUGAGUGAUGGAUGAUGACAGUCAUGUUUGCAUCGAGGAGAAUAUUUCUGUCCGCAUCGCCUUUGGUACAUGUUUUUAAUUUUAGUUUAUUUCUGAGAUAACCGGGUUAUUCAGUUUUUCUCUUCGCAGCCGUUUGCUGUGGGGUGAAAAGUAAGUUGUUUGUAUUUAUUUACACCCUUGGUACACUAGUUGCGUUUUGGUGAAUAAUGUGUAUCUUGAUUUGGCAUUGAAAAUUAGUCUAGGGUGUCCAAAAUUUAUCGGUGAGAAUUUGUAAUGUACGUGACACAUUUUCUUGAUGACGGAUUGCGAGAGACUUGAAGUCUCGACUGAAAUUGUAUUUUGAAAACAACCUUACGGAGCUCCAUUUGCUUCUGGGUUCCUCAUGUGUGCUCAUAAGCAUUGCCCAUGCAGGUAACGAGAUGCGAGCGGGUUUCGGGUUGAAUGUGAACAGCGAGGAAGAUACUUUUUCGUGCUUGAAAGAUUCCCUUCAAUCCUUUCCGACGUUUUCAUGUCAAAUGUUGAUACUGUACCUUUGAGCAAAUGUUUCACCCAAGCCAGAAGCGCAUCUUUUUCGACUUCGCACUGAAUUUUUGGACACCCUCCACUUGUGUUUCCGACUCUUUUUUAGCUCCAUGUUAUUCGCGAUGCAUGAUGUUCUUCAAAUUAUCCUGCCGUUGAAUUUUGUGCUUCGAUGCAUUACCCGAACCGAACGACGCAAUAAUUUUUAGGACCGCCCUGUAUUCACGAGCUGUAAAUUGCGGAAAAAUCUGUAAUCAUAUUUUUGCUGGUGAUGUUGAAAUGUUUGUUUUUGAGUUACCGAUCUGGCACGAAUAACUUGACUUUUUUACGUUUUCCGCUUUUUUUUUGUGUGUGAGAAAGGUGGGGUGUUGAUGGCUGUUGGGCGUUCAGUGACGCCUGAUACUGUGUUAUGAGACUGUUGGGUUUAUGCAAGACGGAGUCUUACUGAUGAGACAUGGUUUUUUGUGCAGACGGCCAUUUUUGUGUUAUGUUUUGGGUAUUAGCCAAUUGCUUUUGUUCGUUUAUUUUUGACCGAAUGCGUCAUUCACGCGAGACGUUCAGGCGUCAAAGGGUCAUGGAAUAAAACUGAUGGCGUUUAGCUCUCGUUGGGCUUUUAAAGACUGCCUGGAGCAUCUGA